AUGAGCUCGCGCUCCUCGCGUCACAAGCGAGACUCGUCCGCCGCAUCCAUCGACCUACCUGCGACCCCGGACCCCGGGAUCAACAUGAUGGCAGGAGUGAUGGCGUCCAUUCCUUACGACAGCAUCCCCGCAGGUUCGAGGUCGCCCAUUUCCGUCGACUAUCUGCCGAAGCCCGACCACAUGCCCCCCCGUCGCGAUCCGCUGCCGCAUCAGCUAAGCAAAGGCGAUUUCCAUCAGUACCCUACCGUUGAUACGUCCACCAUGCACGCAGGAUCCCAUGCCUCCUUGCCAUCGCGGUCCGUCCCGGGCGCCGGCCUCACCAUGGCCUCGACGGGGCGUCAUACCCAGUACCAACAAUGGGGUCCGCCCCGUGGUAGCGUCUCGAGCACGACGAACGGCUCGCGUUACGAUUCCUACACGCCCCCAAACGGCCGCGCCUCGGGGGACACCCUCAGCGUGUACACGGGCAACCCGUCUCAUCGAGACGUGGCCUCGGCGCGCUCGUCGCAGAUGACCAUAAGCUCACCAUCGUCCCCGAGCCUGCACGGCCCUCCUCAAUCCUACCGAGACUCGAGCCGCUUGACCAAGUUCUCUGGCGCCGGCGCCCCCCCCGGCUCCCACGAUGGCUUCUACUUUCCCAAACCAGACGAUGACAACGUCGUGGAGCAGAUGUUCCUCCAGCUCAUGCAGAAGCGAGGCUGGCAUAACCUCCCCGAGCAAGCGAGGCGCCAAAUGAUGGCCUACCCGCCCCAGAAGAAGUGGACUCUCCUGCACCAGGAUCGCCUGACGGAAUGGCAAGGGGAGCAGAAGCGACGGCUCACGGCACGAGCGAACCAGUACGCCGCCCCCGACGUGACCACCUACUCGGACGAGGAGGGAACGCCCGAGUGGUACGUGAGGAGGGUCAUGGAAGACAAGCUCGACUCCAAGGGCAUGGGCAGCCUCGAGGUCAACCUCAGGACCCAGCAGAUCGGCUGGGUGAAGCGCUUCGUCGAAUGCCAGGGCCAGGUCGCCCUCGUCACCCUGCUCCUGAAGCUCAACCGGAAAACGGCCAGCGGGCCGGCCCAGGAAAACCCCAAGGCGGAGAGGAACCUGGACCGCGAGUACGACAUCAUCAAGUGCCUCAAGGCGCUCAUGAAUAACAAGUUUGGCGCCGACGACGCCCUCAUGCAGUCCAAGGUCCUCCUGGCCCUCGCCACCUCCCUGAUUUCCGCACGGCUCACGACGAGAAAGCUCGUCAGCGAAAUCCUCACCUUCCUCUGCACCUGGGGCCGGAACGGCGAAGGCCACCUCAAGGUCAUCCAAGCCCUGGACGAUGUCAAGGCCCAGUCGGGCGAGAACGGCAGGUUCGACGCCUGGAUGCGCCUCGUCGAGGUCACCGUCGACGGUCGCGGCAAGAUGGGCAGCCUCGUCGGCGCCAGCGAGGAGCUCCGCACCGGCGGCAUCGGCAUGGAGAACCUGCUCAUGGAAUACGCCGUCACGACGCUCAUGCUCAUCAACAUGAUCGUCGACUCUCCCGAGCGAGACCUGCAGCUCCGCGUCCACAUCCGGGCUCAGUUCACCGCCUGCGGCAUCAAGCGCGUUCUCACCAAGAUGGAAGGCUUCCAGUACGACCUCCUCGACAAGCAGAUCGAGCGCUACCGCACCAACGAAGCUAUCGACUAUGAGGAUAUGCUUGAGAGGGAAAGCAGCAGCGUCAAGGACAAUGUCGAGAGCGACAUGAAGGACCUGAAUGACCCCGUCCAGAUUGUCGAUGCCAUCCAGCAGCGGAUCCACGGCAGCAGGGCGCAGGACUACUUCAUUUCCGCCCUCCAGCACCUCAUGCUCAUCCGCGCCAACGACGGCGAAGAGCGGCUGCGCAUGUUCCAGCUUGUCGAUUCCAUGCUCAGCUACGUCGCCAUGGACCGUCGCCUGCCCAACAUGGAUCUCAAGCAGAGCCUGAACUUUACCGUCCAGAGCCUCCUCGACAAGCUGCAUACCGAUUCGGAAGCCCGGCAGGCGCAGGAUGAGGCACUCGAGUCGCGCCAGAUCGCCGAGGCCGCCAUGGCUGAGCGCGACGAGGUGCGAGCCCGGCUCGAGCUCGGAGCGAACGGUCUGGUCGCCAAGAUGCAGAAGCAGCUUGACGAGCAAGCCCGCUUCAUCGAUGCUCAGAAGCGUCAAGCGGACGGCCUCAAGACGGAACUCGACAGCAUCCAGACGGCGAGGGCCAAGGAAGCGCAGAGGAACGAGCUGGAAACGAGAGAGCUCUACCUCAUGCUCCGAGAUGCGCAGGACAUUGCCGCAUCCAACGCCGCCAAGGGCAGCAAGGGGACCGCCGAGCAGAUGAAGGGCAUCCUCGACCGGGACCAACUCAUGGACCGCCUCCAGAUGCAGCUCGAGCGGCAGAAGACUCAGUACAAGCUCGAGGGCAGAGUCUGGGGCGAGGCGACCGGGCCUUCAGAUCGCCUGCGCGCGCUUCGGGAGGAGAUGGAGGACGACAUCCCCGGAACCCCCCCCGGCGGCGGCACCCCGCCUCGAGAUUUCACCAAUAGUAUGCUUGGCAGCCUGAAUCGUCCGUCGAGGAUUAUGCGAAAGCCGAUCAACCCCCUGAAGGAUCUCGACGACGAGGGCAUCACGGAGGGGGGCGAAAACACGGAGCUCGAGGAUGGCGUCAUCUACGAGCGCCCGCGGAUCGUGGAGAUGAAGCGACCCGUCAUCGAUCCGAAGCAACAAGCCGGCUUGGUCAGCGAGAUCGGCUCCAAGGUGAAGAAGUACGAGGGAGGCGCCUCGGAGGAGGGCGACGGCGUGACGACGGGGCCGUCGCACCCAAGCAUGGAAUCCGGCAUGCCCGAUGCCCCGGCGGAUGGCGACACACCUAAGGUUCAGGUCACCGACCCAACCGGGGCAGCCGCCGCGCCGCCGCCUCCGCCGCCUGCGCCUCCAUCAGGCCAGAUUCCCGGUGCACCCCCGCCGCCUCCUCCGCCUCCGCCCCCCCCGAUGCCCGGCAUGUUGCCGGGUGGCCCGCCACCUCCGCCUCCACCGCCUCCGAUGCCGGGUACGCCGGGUGCAUUGGGCAUGCCGCCGCCACCACCUCCGCCCAUGCCAGGGUCCAUGUCUGGCGGUUUCUUGUCGCCGCCGACCACGUUCACCUCCUCUCCCGGCAUCGGCAUGCCUGGUGUCAGGCCCAAGAAAAAGCUCAAGGCGUUGCACUGGGACAAGGUCGACACACCCGAAACCAGCCACUGGGCGGCGCAUACUCCUACCCCCGAGGAGCGAGAGGAGAAGUAUCACGAGCUCAACCGCAAGGGAAUCCUGGACGAGGUCGAGAAGCUGUUCAAAGCCAAGGAGAUCAAGCAGAUCGGCGCUGGGGUCUCGAAGAAGAGCGACAAGAGGCAAAUCAUCUCCGCCGACCUCCGCAAGGCUUACGGUAAGGGCGCAUACUCACCCUCGAGGAUUCGACCCCCUACCGUGCUGGACAACCCGGUCGUCAUGGAAUUCCUGCAGAAGGAGGACUUGUGCAACAUCUCGGACAACACUGCCAAGCAGAUGGCCCCCUAUAGCAAAGAUCUGACGGGACCGGAAGCCGGUGGCCAAACUAGGGAAUUGGAUCCGGCCGACCUCACGCGCCAGGACCAGAUCUACCUGUUCACCGCCUUUGAGCUUCACCACUACUGGAAGAGCAGAUGCAGGGCCCUGAUGCUGACGCGAAGCUUCGAGGCCGACUACGAAGAGCUCAGCGAACGGAUGCGCCAGGUUGUGACGGUGUCGGAGAGCCUCAGAGACUCGGUGUCGCUCAUGAACGUUCUCGGCCUCAUUCUGGACAUUGGCAACUACAUGAACGACGCGAACAAGCAGGCGCGCGGCUUCAAGCUCAGCUCGUUGGCUCGACUGGGCAUGGUGAAGGACGACAAGAACGAGUCGACGCUGGCCGACCUCGUCGAACGGAUCGUGCGAAACCAGUACCCCGAGUGGGAGGGAUUCGUCAACGACAUCGCCGGCGUCUUGGCGGUGCAAAAGGUCAACGUCGAGCAGCUGAACACGGACGCGAAAAAGUACGUGGAAAAUGUGCGAAACGUUCAGAUGUCGCUCGACUCCGGCAACCUGAGCGACCCGAAGAAGUUUCACCCGCAGGAUCGCGUGAGCCUGGUGGUACAGCGGUGCAUGAAGGAUGCGCGGAGGAAGGCGGACCAGAUGGAGCUGUACCUGGAAGAGAUGACGCGGACGUACAAGGACAUCAUGGUCUUUUACGGCGAGGACCCGACGGAUGAGAAUGCCCGCCGGGACUUUUUCUUCAAGCUCGCCACCUUCCUGAGCGAAUGGAAGAAGUCGCGGGAGAAGAACGUGCAGCUGGAGGAGACGAAGCGGCGCAACGAGGCAUCGAUGAAGCGGAAGCAUGCGCAGCAGAAGGCGGCGACGCUCGUUGACGGAGGGCCGGCCUCGGCCACGAGCACGGGUGCCAUGGACUCGCUCCUCGAGAAGCUUCGAGCGGCGGCACCACAGGCUCGGGAUCAGCGAGACCGACGGCGGCGUGCACGCCUCAAGGACCGACACCAAGUUCGCGUCGCAUCAGGCCAACAGAUGCCAGACGUCGACGAGUCACUCGAGAUUGAGGUCGAUCUGCCGAGCGGAGAGACGGGACCGGGUGAAGAGGCUGCGCUUCUCAGCCCCCCACUGACAUCGCCGAAAGGAAGCGGGGAUGAUGUCGCGGACCGAGCGGCCGCCCUCCUGCAAGGCAUGCGCGGCGGCGAGGCUGCGGAUGGCAGCGAUGCCGACAGGAGGGAAAGCAUGCGGCAGGCCAGGAGGCAAACGGCCGAGGAGGAGCGAAGGUUGCGAAGGAGCCGAAGGGAGAAGGCCACGUCCACUGCGAUGGACGAUGCUGGUGCGAGGGAGGGUUUGGCCGAGGACGGCACGACGAAUACGCCUGCCAUUGAGGAAGAGGAUGCUGCGAAUGAAGAGGAGGAGGAUAAGCUGGGAGCGAGGCAGGGUGGCGACGAGGAUGCCGAGCCGCCGUCGAGGACGACGCAGGCGGCACUGCAGGAGGACGGGCAGGAGAGGUUGCAGGAGGAGUAA